GAAGAUGGCGGCCGGCGGCGGCGGCAGCGGCAAGGCCUCCUCGUCGUCGUCGGCGGCGGCGUCGUCGUCCUCGGCGGGCGCCCUGGAGGCCUCGCUCGACAGGAAGUUCCAGGCGGUCACCAACACCAUGGAGUCCAUCCAGGGGCUGUCGUCGUGGUGCCUGGAGAACAAGCGGCACCACAGCACCAUCGUCUACCACUGGAUGAAGUGGCUGCGGCGCUCUGCCUUUCCUCAUCGACUGAAUCUUUUUUACUUGGCCAAUGAUGUCAUACAGAACUGCAAGAGAAAAAAUGCAAUUGUAUUUCGUGAUACAUUUGCAGAAGUGCUUCCUGAAGCAGCUUCAUUAGUGAAGGAUCCAUCGGUUUCUAAAUCUAUAGAAAGAAUCUUUAAAAUCUGGGAAGACAGAAAUGUAUACCCAGAGGAAACCAUUUUGGCACUAAAAGAAGCUCUAAGUACCACUUUCAAAUCUCAGAAGCAGCUGAAAGAAACUCUGAACAAACAACCGAAUAAGCCGUGGAAGAAAUCUCAAACAUCUACGAACCCGAAAGCUGCUCUGAAAUCCAAGAUUGUUGCUGAAUUCAGACCACAGUCUCUCAUUGAUGAAUUGCUAUUAUAUAAGCGCUCAGAAGACCAGAUAGAACUGAAAGAGAAGCAGCUUUCCACUAUGAGAGUGGAUGUAUGCAGCACUGAAACACUUAAAUGCUUAAAAGACAAAACAGGAGGAAAGAAGUUCUCCAAGGAGUUUGAAGAAGCAAGUUCAAAGCUAGAAGAAUUUGUAAAUGGUUUGGACAAGCAAGUGAAAAACGGUCCCUCGCUAACUGAAGCUCUGGAGAAUGCUGGUAUAUUUUAUGAAGCACAGUAUAAAGAAGUCAAGGUGGUAGCAAAUGCUUAUAAAACAUUUGCUAAUAGAGUGAGCAAUCUAAAGAAAAAGCUGGAUCAACUGAAAGCAACGCUUCCUGAUCCAGAAGAGUCUCCUGUCCCUUCUCCAAGUAUGGAUGCCCCAUCUCCAACGGGCUCAGAGUCCCCUUUUCAGGGAAUGGGUGAGGAGGAGAGCUCACGGUCUCCAGUUGUUGGAAGCCGCAAGAUGGUGUCUCCAGAGCCUGUGACAGAUAAUCGUGAUGUGGAGGACAUGGAACUCUCGGAUGUGGAAGAUGAUACGUCUAAAAUUAUUGUGGAAGAGAGGAAGGAGAAACAGGCUGCUCCAGCCUCAGCACCUGUGAAGACUGAAAGUGCCCCCAAAGUGGUGCCAUCUACUGCCGCAAUAGGUACAACUUCUGUGACUGUGACAACACCUGCCCAGACUCCUGUAACUCCUCCAACUCCUAAGGCAGUGAACACGGCGCCUGUUCCUCUAUCGCCAGCGCUCGCUUUGCCGAACCUCGCCAAUGUUGACCUGGCAAAGAUCAGCUCUAUUCUUAGUAGUUUAACUUCUGUUAUGAAAAAUACAGGCGUCAGUCCUGCAUCAAGACCGUCUCCAGGAACGCCGACAAGCCCAACAGCUCUUACUGGCGGCUUGAAGACCCCUGUCAUGGGGACUCCAUCUGCUCCUUCAAACCCUUUGGCAAAUAUUCUCUCCAAGGUUGAAAUAACUCCUGAAAGUAUUUUGUCUGCUCUCUCCAAAACCCAGACACAGACUGCACCAGCAUUGCAAGGUUUGUCAUCCUUACUUCAGAGUGUUGCUGGAAAUACAGUUCAGUCGAGUGAAACUGCAUCACAGAGCACUUCAGCAUCACCAGCCAACACAACUGUCCCUUGCAUGAAGGGGAGGAAUGUUCCUUCCAAUGCUCAGCCCUUUAUAUCUAAAAAUUUUGGUUAUUCUCCAAACUCAUCUACUGCCGAGGUUUCUUCAACUUCAGUUAACAAGGCUCCCAUUGGACAUACCCCAGGGCUUUCAAGUUCUAGUUUUAAGCCGCCAACAAAUUCCUUGGGAUUUUCCAGUUCCCAUCCUACCAGUCCUUCUUCCCUUCUACCAACAGAGACUUCAAUGAGUCAAUCCUCUGAAAUUUCAAAGGCAAAGCUGGAAUCAGAACCCCCUUCUCCAAGCCUGGAAAUGAAGAUACACAAUUUUUUGAAGGGAAAUCCUGGCUUCAGUGGUCUAAACUUGAAUAUUCCAAUUCUGAGCAGUUUAGGGUCCAACAUUGCAACAGAAAGUCAUUCAUCUGACUUUCAGCGUGGUCCUACUAGCACUUCUAUGGACAAUGUGGAUGGAACGCCAGUUCGCGACGAGCGAAGCGGGACGCCCACCCAAGAUGAGAUGAUGGAUAAGCCAACGUCGAGUAAUGUUGACACUAUCUCUUUGCUGUCAAAAAUCAUGAGCCCUGGUUCUUCUACUCCCAGUAGCACAAGAUCACCUCUUCAGAGUAGAGACGACGGCUAUUCCCAAGAACUUCCUAAUUCUGUACACACCUACCGGCCUUUCAGCCUAGGCAGAGAUUCUCCCGCCAGCAUGUAUAAGCAAUCUGCAGAUAGCAUGGAAAUACCCUCAUCUUUAAUGGACUCCUCUCAGGAGAAAUUUUAUCCAGACACGUCUUUUCAGGAGGACGAAGAUUACCGUGACUUUGAUUACUCUGGGCCGCCACCGUCGGCCAUGUUAAACCUAGAGAAGAAGCCUGCAAAGUCUAUUUUGAAAUCGAGUAAACUCUCUGAAGCUGCGGAGUACCAGCCGGUUCUGUCUAGUUACAGUCAAAGAUCACAGGAGUUCAGUGUGAAGUCAUCUUUUCCUCCGUCUAUGAGGUCUAUUCUUGAUCAGAGUGAGAGCUGUGACCCGCUGUCGUCAUCUCCAGGGAUGUAUGGAAGUUACGGCCUCCGGGGAAAUGACUCCACUUCGGAUGGCUCCCCCUCGCCUAGUAAGAAUGACGUUUUUUUCACGCCAGACUCCAAUCAUAAUAAUUUAUCCAAAUCUGUGGUGCAUUCUGGCUUGUCACAGAAGCAGUAUCCAGACUCACCCCAUUCAGUCUCCCAGAGGUCGCUUUUCUCUUCUCAAAACACUCUUUCCAACCCUGCAGGCAGAGCACCCACGUCAAGUGUGGAGAAGACGUUAGGUUCUUCCAUUUCUGCCACGUCAACAAUCGAGUUCAAGAACAUGCUCAAGAACGCGUCUCGUAAGCCCUCCGAGGAAAAGCAUUUUAGCCAGAUUCCCAAAAGCAGCUCAAACGAAGGGGUUAGCUUGUCUAGCCACACUCAAACUGGAGUUUCCAAAGGAGGAGAGCAGCAGCAGCAGCAGCAAGAGGAGCAUUACCGUAUAGAAACCAGGGUGUCAUCGUCCUGCUUAGACUUGCCUGACAGCACUGAAGAAAAAGGAGCCCCCAUAGAAACGCUGGGUUAUCAUAACGCGUCUAGCCGGGGAAUGUCAGGAGAGCCGAUUCAGACCGUAGAGUCCAUAAGAGUUCUUGGGAAAGGAAAUAGAGGACACGGGCGAGAGGCGAGCAGAGCAGGGUGGUUUGAGAUAAGCAAUACAGGUAGCGCUUUUGAUAACGGGCCCUCGAGCGCCUCUGAGCUGCCCAGCAUGGGCAGCGGCGGUGGGAUUGCCAGCUUCCAAGCGCAGUACAAGGAACACGUGCCGCAAUUUCAGGAGAGCGUAAACAAUUUCAGAACCAAUAAUUUCAGCCCUGCUUUCGAACAUCACAUACCACCUCCCAUCGCGCCUCCUCCCAUAGAGCACGGGACUCCUUUUCAGAGGGAUCAAGUCGGUGCGCCCUCCGGGCCCCCGUCCGCUCCGCCCAAGGAUCACGGAAGCCUUUUCCCUAGGGAUCACUCAGUUCCUCCACAUAUGCCAUCCGUGGAUCACACUAACCCGUUCUCAAAAGAAACACCCGCUCCGCUCUCACUGCCGCACGGCGUCCCCCCUCCUCCCGCCGUGGAACACAGCGGGGUCCCCUUCCCCACUCCUCCCCCCCCUCCCGUCCCCGUGGAGCACCCCGGCGUCCCCUUCCCCACCCAGCCGCCGCCGGCCGGCGAGCACGGCGGCGUGCCCUUCCCAGCCCCGGCCCUCCCCGUGGAGCACGGCGGCGGCGCCUUUUCCAAGGAGCACGGUACUCUUCAUCAAGGGACGAUAAAAGAGCAUUUUAACGUGCAUUCGGGACCAAGGGAGCACGUGGCCCCGGCGCAGCGGGACCACGGCGGUCCGCCUCUUGGUCGCGUUCGCGAAAGCGUAGGCCUCACCUCCCUCCCGAGGGAUCAGCUCGGGCCGUCCCGUAGCGUGACUCCCAUCGGCCCUGCUCACAGAGACAAUGUCAACCGAAGCGGCAUGAUAAUUAGGAACCCACGACCAGACUUUAGGCCUAGGGAACCGUUUCUAAACAGAGACCCGUUUCACAACUUAAAAAGGCCUCGGCCGCCUUUCGGAAGGGGCUCUCCAUUCUUUGCACCAAAACGCCCGUUCUUCCCUCCCAGGUACUGAAGCAGACACACAUCUCUUUAAGUGAAGGUAUUUGGAUGUCCUAGAGAGCAGUGGAGUAGCGCUUUCACUUACUUCCUUUUUAUUUUCUUCUUUCUUUCUUUCCUAAAGAGCCCCCGUAACGUUUUCCUAAAUUAAAUGUUCUGUACUGUUCGGUUGUUUAUCUUCUAAGCCACCCAACUUGGCAUAAGAACUAGGAAAAAAAAAAAAGUUUUAACCAGAAGAAAUUUCCAAGAGUAUUGCUGUUGAAAUAAAACUUCCAGUAGUAGUUUAAAAUAAAAAAAAUAAAAAAAAAAAAAAUAAAAAAAGAAGACGACGGGGUGGGGGGGAGGGAGGGAGAUCAAAUGUGCGAUGGUGGGAUGUUAUUUUAGCUGAUUACCAAAUUGCUUUGCCUCGCGAGUCCUCUGAACCCAUGACAGAUUUAAAAAAAAAUAAAAAUGGGGGAAGGAACUCUGCUACUAUUAAGGAAGAAUUAAGGGUCCAAGAUGUUUUCUAUGGUGAUAGAAAUAUUAACCCUUCCUGUGCCUUUCUGUUUGGAUUAACCAGUCGCUUCCUUCAGUGACAACCCGCGCAGUUGGGCUCUCCGGCGGCGCCCUGGGCACGGCCACGUCGCUCUGCCCUUCCCGGCUAGCGGAGGGGAGGGCAGGCCAGCGACACGCAGUUCUUCAUCGCUUCUGACUGCUUCUGUCUGUCUUAAAACAGCAAAAAAAAAAAAAAGGCAAAACACACACACAAAAAAGAAAAAAAAAAAAAAGAAAAAGUCUCUGCUCUUCAUGGCUGACGGUGUACAGUUUUCACCCCCGGGAAUCUUGAACUUUCCUGUUUGGUUUCAGAAACCGGUCUGUAGCGCGUGUGCGCUCCCUAGCUCCAGUUCAGUUUUCCGCCUCAAAAGACGAGAGAAUAAUUAAGCAGCUUUGGGGUAUAAACAGACGGAUGCAAGGAGGUGGGUAACGGCGCAGCCCGGCGCGUCCCCGGCGUGCGCCUGGCUCGCAGCAGCUCUCUCUUUCUUGUCUCUUUACCGUAGAGCUUAACCACGUUUGGGGGGUUGGGGGGGGUGGGGGGGAAAGAGAGCAAAAAAGAAAAAAAUCCUGUUUGUUUUUACCUGGGAACACUGUUGACUUUAUAUAUGUGUAUAUAUAUAAUCACUUUUUAAUUGCAUCUUUUUGAUUGUUUAAAACUCGCAGACUCUGUAAGAUGAGAGAGAGAACCUGCAUGCAGAGAGAUGGAAAUGAUGCCUAGAUUCCUCCUCCUUGUUGUGUGCUUUCAUAAAGACAUCUCUGCAGCCGUGUGCAUAGGGGACUUUUAUAUGAAGUUGGAAUUUUACUUGAUUUUUUUUUUUUUUUUUUUUUUUUUUUAGUUAGUAGAAUACAUCAUAUAUGUUUGAUAAAGGUGUAGGGUAAAUAUCUAUAUAAAAAUUACAAAAUGAGAACAUGGCAGAUGA